AUGAUAAAAUUAUUUGGGAAAGCUCUGGUAGAAAAGACGGCAGAGUUGAUUGUAGUAGAUUACAUGGGAAGGAGCGACAUGGACAACAUGCAAUCGCUGAAAAGGAAUUGGCAAGAAUUGAGCGACAAAGCAUCUGACAUAGAAGGAGAAGUGAAGCGAGAAGAAAUGUCAGGUAAAAAGAAAAGGAAACGUGAAGUUGAUGGUUGGUUGAAGGACGUUAAAAUAUUAAGUCCUGAAAUCGAUGCAUUGGAAAGAAGAGGAUCAUCUUGGAGGCUUCCACUAAUGGAGGAUCCUGUAGGAAAGCUGCAACUUCGGGUGAAAAAACUUAUUCAGCGCAGCCAUCAUUUCAAUGGGCUUGUGCUCGAUACUUAUGACAACAUCGGGGAGGCAAGCCUGCCAACCAAAUUGUUUGGAGUAAAGUUCGAGGAAGCUUUGAAUAGAAUUUGGUCAUGCUUGGUGAUCGAUGAAAUAUCAAGCAUUGGGAUUUAUGGUAUGGGUGGAGUUGGUAAGACCACACAGGCAAAGCGCAUCAAGUACCAUCUCUCAGAAAACAACAAUUAUCAAGUGCUUUGGAUUACAGUAUCCCAAGAGUUUAGUAUCACCAAUUUGCAGGACAAGAUUGCCAAUGUCUUGGGUAUUACUCUAUCAAGUAGGGAUGAGGAAGAAGUAAGGGCAGAUAUAUUGCGUGGGGCAUUCAGCAAAAUGAAGAGAUUAAUAGUACUCAUAUUGGAUGAUGUUUGGGAAAAAUUUCGUUUAGACAGGGUAGGGAUUCCUCUUCAUCCAAACAAGUGCAGAUUGAUUUUGACUACACGCUCACGGGAAGUGUGCGACAGGAUGCAAUGUCAAAGAAAAUUUCGUUUGCAAACUUUGGACAAAGACGAAGCUUGGGAUUUGUUCGAGUAUACACUUGGCAGCGAGACCUUGCUUCAAGGAGAUUUGGAAAAUAUUGCCAAGUCCAUUGUGGAAGAGUGUGGUGGUUUGCCUCUUGGUAUUAUCACAGUGGCUGGAAGCAUGAGAGGUGUGAGAGACAUUUGUGAGUGGAGAAAUGCAUUGGAACAAUUGAAAACAUGUUCAAUAGGGUAUCACGAGAUGGAACGAGAUGUGUUUCCCAUCCUGGAAUGGAGUUUCAAUCGCCUGGAUAAAUGUGAAAGGAAUUGCUUCUUGUAUUGCUGUCUUUAUCCGGAAGAUUGGAAAAUAAAAAGAAAGGGACUAAUAGACCUCUUUAUUUGGGCAGAGCUGAUGUCAAAACGGGACUCAAGACCAAAAGCAUUUGAUCAAGGUCAAACGAUAUUAAACAAACUGAUAAAAGUUUGCUUGCUGGAAGAAACUAAAGAUUUCAAAGGGGAUGACCAUGUGAAGAUGCAUGAUUUGGUCAGAGAUAUGGCAAUAAGGAUCACGCAUGGAAACUCCACACCAGAGAGCCGCAGAGAUGAUGUACCACGAUUCUUGGUGAAAAGCUUAGGACGAAGUGAUUCAAUAGUAGCACUGGAACAAGAAGAGUGGACACAAGAUCUCCGUGCAGUUUCCUUCUAUUCACAAUGUUUGAAAGGAAUAGAAAUUCCACCAGCCUGCUCACCAAAUUGUCCUAAGCUCUCCAGCUUGCUUCUUCCUCAGUUUUUCAUAAAAGAAAUCCCAGAUUCAUUCUUUCGGCACAUGUAUGGACUUAAAGUUUUGAAUCUAGAAGGGUGCAGAGGUAUACCAGAGUUGCCUAAUUCUGUUUCAGACAUGGUGAAUCUCACUGCUUUGAUUUUGAGGAGUUGUGAUGAACUCAUGUUUGUGCCACCACUAGGAAAGCUCAAGCAAUUGAGGGAUUUGGACCUAUCCAGAACUAGGAUUGAGGAUUUACCUCAAGGUUGGGAGUCACUGGUCAACCUCGAAAGGCUUGACUUGGGCAAUUGCUGGUAUUUGAAACCAAAGAUAAUACCAAAAGGGACAUUUUUCCAAUUUCACCGUCUUCAACGGUUACUAUUGCCACCCUAUGGUAGGAUACAAGUUAAUGAUCCAGAAGUAUUGAACCAACUAGAAGUUUUUAUAGGACGCUUGUCUUCUACGGACUUCUAUAAAAUUACUGGGUGGCCAAAAUACUAUAAUGUUUAUAUCAUUGACAUCUAUAGUGUAAAGAAUCCGUUUUAUGAACUUGAUGAUGAUGAGGAUUGGCAACAAUUGAAUUUCUAUCAGUGUAAGCUUGGUAGAGGAUCGAACAACCUGCCAGAUGAUAUGAAAAGCCUGAUAAUCCAGUUUUGUGAGGGCAUGGGCAUUAGGUGCUUGUCAGAUGUUUUUAAGAAUUUUGUAAAUUUAAGCCACUUAUCUAGAUUGGUUAUUAUGGAUUCGGUUGGAAUAGAGUUCCUCUGGCAAUUGUCCUCUGCUUCUCCACGUGAUCAGUUGGAAGUCUCGUCUUUUAGUCCACUCCAUGAUCUUGAAGUGCUACGCCUCUUCGGGUUGCCAAAUCUGGUUGGUCUAUUUUACGGAGAAUCAGAACCAUCAUAUUUGCUUCCAGCUGGCACCUUUUCUUCCCUCAAAGAAUUGUGGAUUUCUGAAUGUCACAACAUGAAGCAGCUAUUCACAGUGCAGUUGCUGCAGAACCUUCAAAAUGUUGAAUUAUUAGAUGUUAAAAAUUGUGAAGGACUGGAAGAGAUAGCAGCAGAUGGCAAUGGAGAAGGACAAGGAGGAGGAGAAGGCAUCCAAUUGACUUCAAGUGGAGGAGGCACUACCAUGAUCAGCCUUCCAAAUUUAAGGUGCUUGAGUCUGGAUAGGCUGCCACAACUGAAUAACAUUUGCAAGGCAGCCAUGAUCUGCGAUUCAAUUGAGAAGAUUGAAAUAUUUGAUUGUCCAAAGGUAAAGAGGCUGCCUUUGUUUCCUCCUACCAUCAACGGGCCACCAUCUCUUCCCAGCACUCUUUGUAAAAUCAGGGGAGAUAAAGAAUGGUGGGAAUCGCUAGAGUGGGACAAUCCUAGUGCCAAAAAUGCCCUUGACCCAUUUUUUACCACACAGCCGUGA